CGAGCAGCGCCGAAUAGCUCAAGGAAACGGAUUAAAGCAUUUGGGCCGGAUUUCCAAGACUCAUUCAUUCAUAUAAGAAAACAUGGAUUUCAGAUCUCUCUUUCGCUCCAUAACAAUACCUAGCCUAGCUCGCCAACCGCCGAAUUCUUUGUCCUCCGGCGCCGGGCUUACGUUCCUUGAAUCCCAUGCCGACCGAGAACUGCGCCUCGGAUUGGGAUCUGCCGUCUGGUGUACGCCGCCGCCGUCCCAGAAAACGACUAGGAAUCAGUUUUGAAGCAAACCAGAUGAUGGGCAAACUCGGGGACGAUCUUCUUGUAGAAAUACUUAUUCGCCUCCCCAACCCUAGAUCCGCCUGUCGAUGCAAAUCUGUCUGCAGGCGCUGGAACUCACUGAUUUCGAGUCUCUGCUUCAAUCGACGUUUCGUUUCUCACCACCAGACCAUGGAACUUCACAUCCCACCGAUGCCGGGCAACCCAAACGAGCUGCUAGGAACCAUCCUCAGCUUCCUCCCUCCCAUGCCUUACACUCUUAAGGUUUUGGAUUGCGUCAAAGACAUGGUUUUAUGCGGGUUUUGGGAUUUAGAUUGCGACAAUGGGGAACUUGGCAGAUCCUACUUGGUGUGCAAUCCGUUUACGAAGCAAUGGGUAGCCCUUCCCUUGGCACCUGAAAAGUCAGAUGGGUAUAAAGCACCGGUUGCGAGGUUUCUCUAAAACUAGACUUGUUUUGUUUGGAGUCCAAUGAAUGGACCAAGGAGGCUCUUGUCCUGGAUGGUCAUUUUAGACGUGGAACCAAAUCUGUAAGUUCAUGCAAUGGGGGGUUGUUUUGGACCUACUUUGAAACCUUUCCAGGCGGGGUUACUCACGCAUUGGCUAUGUUCAAUCCUUUCUGCCUUGAUAUACCUCCCACUUGCAUUGAUACUUCUGCAUUCCUUGCAGAAUCAUUGUGGAUAAUUUCGGUCUCACAAGGUGAUUUGCACGUAAUUACAUUCGAAAAGAAAAUUGCAUCUGUUUGUCUAAUUGUUUGGAAGAUGGAAGAAGAUCGUAAAUCUUGGAGGAAACUAUGUGAGGGUGUGGUGAAGAAGAAAUCACGAUGUUGUCGCUAUGAAAUUGAGGACUUAUUUAUACCCUUUUUGCAUCCAUAUAAUCCAGAGAUUGUCUUCUUCCAUUGCGAGGCUGGUCAGAGUGCUUUGUUAUACUGUGAUCUGAGAAGGGGAGAGUUAGAACUCUUCGCUGAAAUAGAAGGGGGGAAUGCUGACAUUUGCUUCGUUAAGGUGUUCGAGCCUAGGGUCUCUUGCUGGCCGACUCCAAUUCCAAGCUACGAGGAGUUGCAAGGCAUGUACAAUGGAAGCGUCCACUUUUGGGUUGACAAGCAACAACUCCCUCAAUAAUUGGUAACUACUUGUGCUUGUACUUCUUUUCCGCUUUUACAUGUCGGUUAGGUUUAGGAAUUGACCAAGGUUGUCAAACUAGUUCCAAGAAUAGAGGACUGAACUUUGGAAGACGAAACAGUAGAGGAAAGACAUGAUUUUUUUGUAAAGAUUUAGGUUAGCUGGGUUGCAUGUUUUUGGAUGGAAACAGAGGGCACUUUAUGCUGAUUUGAGGGCUUGGCCAACCCUUCAAAUCUCAAUUUUUAGAGGUUCUGUUUGCAUUUUACCCAGCAAGAUGGCUAGUUCUGGUGAAACCUAGCGAGCAGCUGGUUCAACCUAUAGCUAUCAACCAUGGAAUUUACUAAUGAGAACACCAAUCAAUAUCAGAAAGAAAGUUUUCUAACGGAAAAAGAACAGCUUGCAGGCUGCAGCCUAUAAUCCCAGUACAAGUUAAGGGUGCAGUUUUGUGGUAGUGACUAUAUACUUCCUCAUCAUGCAACACAUAUUAGCAGCAUACAUACAUACAUACAUAUCUUGACUUGUUUGUAGUUGCUUGAACAUUUUGUUUUGGUUGCAAACUCUUUGCCUGCCUUUUGGAGCUAAACUUCAAUAAAGUUGGUGAUGAUGAGAUGGGCAUGGACGUGUUUAUGCUUUUUCUUGUAUUUUAAUUUCUGGUCUCUAAUACUAUAUCUCGUUUCAUUUCUGUUGUGGCUGGUCUUAUUCUCCACCAACACAUGAAUUCCAAGCAGCUGAUGAGCCAUCCGAUAAUAGACAACAUAUCAACAUCACACCUCCUGUCGUUGUGCUAAGAAGAAUGCAGUGGAAGGCUUUUGUUAUGAUAUUCAAUAUGACACCAUUGGAAAAAAUUUAUCUAUGAAGUAAAAUAAACGGCUUCCAUCAGUUGGUAGGUCAUGAUUCUGCGUUCCAUGCUAUAACCGACAUUUAUGCGGAUUGUUCUUGGAAUGCUUGUGAUCUAUAUUAGUACUAGAAAAGCAUCCGCGCUACGCUGCUGAUCGUACUAUGAUUUAAUUAUUAUUUAGUUGUUCAAUUGUGCAUUUACAUUACAUAGUUGUUCAAUUCUUAUUCAUGAUUGGGCCAGGGCCAGGGCCAAAAGAAUGUGAUACUUACAGAUGGUAGGAUGGGGCUUCUCACUCCCAUCAUUUACUGCUCUCCUCCCCACCUCCACCAAUCCCGCCUUCUCUGAUGGACAAUAAUCAGAUCUACCGUAC